AUGGACUUUGAAAUAUACUCUUCUGAUGUUUAUACGGGAGGUGUGUUCAAGUCAUGUAUAAAAUGGAAGAGAUGUGGGUAUACAUCUCAAAAACCUGGGCUCCUAGCAGCACGGAUUACUGGGAUUGUGAGGAUUGAUGGGAAGGAAGUUAAGUUCUUGGAGUCUACACCUGUAGAGAUCCAGAUGGGGGAAGGCAUCGAGACUAUAUAUAGAUGCACUAUACCAAGAAACGCCCUUCCUUCAAUGAGGCUGAAAAGCCUGGAGGUUGUAUAUAUGAUAAUUGUGGAGGGAUACUAUGGGACAAAAAAGGAUAUAAGGUCUGAGAUAUUUGAUGUCUACCCCAUCGGGCUUGAGCCUCCUAGGAAAAUGGAAAGCAUGAUAGUCCAUGGAGAUAUGAUCAGAAUUGGUGAUGGGGAUAGUACUGCAUUUGGAGAGAUUGUUAACUCCUUAAGAAAUAAAUCUGAGUGGAGCAGUGGGACCAUUGCAGAGAUGGUGGAGCAAAGGAUGCGAAUCCUUGAGGAGUUCCCUAGAUUCAUGAAUAAGGUUGUUGAAAGAUACAGAGAAGAAAUCAAGGGGGAUAUAUACUUCUAUGUGUCGAUGGAAGAUCCCAAAAUCGAGGAAGAUAGACACAGGGUUACUGCUUGGAAUGGUGAUGAAGAAAUUGCCAAGAUUGAGUAUAGGAAGUAUCUUAUUGAGAACGACACGGUGGAAAUAUGGUACAAAAGAAACAUUAAGUCAACAAGAAUAACAUUGAGGAUAACCGAAUACAUUGAUGGGGAGAUUUCGAAUGAUGAGGAGAAGGUGAUGAAAGAGUUCAAUUCCAAUAUGUGCCUCUAUAAGAUGGUCCCACUCAUCAUAAAACACGAUUGGUUUACCUUUGACUGCACCUUGUUUACCAUAAAGUUUUCUUAUAGAAUAGAAUUUGAUGGGGUUGGGUUUGUCUUACCGAUAUGUAAGGUCUCUCCAAAGGCAAGAAAAAGUAUAGGCGAGUUGUAG